CCGUUUAAUCACGACAGGGCGAAAAGCGGAAGCAGGUGUUUAAUUCCUCUUUCACUUCCGGUCGGUGCUGAUGUGAGGAAAGUGAAAGAUGCAGGAGAAAGAGGGAGAGGAGCAGCGCACUGUGUUCGUGUUCAAUCUGAGCAGCUGUGUGAGGGAGGAGAUUUUAUAUGAGCUCUUCCUGCAGGCAGGACCGGUGCAGAAAGUCGUUAUUCCCAAAGAUCGAGACGGGAAUCAGAAAUCUUACGGCUUUGUUUACUAUAAACACGCCGAGGCGGUUCCCUACGCCAUCGCGCUAUUGGACGGGAUCUGGCUCUACGGCUGUCCAAUCACGCUCAGGCAUCAUUACGCACACACACUCACAGCUCAGGAUGAUCCCAGCUGGAGAGAUACGACGUCUGGUUUGGCCCUUGGUCCCUUCUCCCCAACUAUGUGCCCUAUCGAGGGUCCCUACUUCCCUCCUGUAACGCCGUGGGUGUGGCCAAACUCUGGAUUUGUUUCCUGGACUUCCGGUCCAGAUGAGCUGACCCAGGCUUCGGACUGUACCAACUCAGAAGAGAGGGGUGCAGAGCAAAACACGGAGCUGGAGAAUCAUGGUAAAGGCAGAAGAAGCCAUGAGAGGAGAAACAAACAGAAGAAAAAAUACAGAAGUUAAUCCAAAAGUUUACACACAGCCGCGACGGUUCGAGUUUAUGUGUCUGUCGGGUUAAUUACUCCGUUAUACAUGGUUAAAAUGUGUGUGUGUGUGUGUGUGUGUGUGUGUGUGUGUGUGUGUGUGAGUGUGUGUGGGUAUGUGUGGCUGUGUGUGUGAGUGUGUGGGUAUGUGUGGCUGUGUGUGUGAGUGUGUGUGUGUGGGUAUGUGUGGCUGUGUGUGUGUGUGUGUGUGUGUGUGGGUAUGUGUGGCUGUGUGUGUGUGUGUGUGUGUGUGGGUAUGUGUGGCUGUGUGUGUGAGUGUGUGUGGGUAUGUGUGGCUGUGUGUGUGAGUGUGUGGGUAUGUGUGGCUGUGUGUGUGUGUGUGUGUGGGUAUGUGUGGCUGUGUGUGUGAGUGUGUGGGUAUGUGUGGCUGUGUGUGUGUGUGUGUGUGUGGGUAUGUGUGGCUGUGUGUGUGAGUGUGUGUGGGUAUGUGUGGCUGUGUGUGUGUGUGUGUGGGUAUGUGUGGCUGUGUGUGUGAGUGUGUGUGGGUAUGUGUGGCUGUGUGUGUGAUUGUGUGGGUAUGUGUGGCUGUGUGUGUGUGUGUGUGUGUGGGUAUGUGUGGCUGUGUGUGUGAGUGUGUGUCCACAAUGAGACUUGAUAAUUACAAAACGUUUAAGUUUAUGAGUGUAAUAAUAAUAAUGAUUAGACGAACAAUCUUUGCUCUUUUUAGAGAAGAGAAGUAAAAUAAGUGCCCUUAGAAGUCAGCUGACCUUCCUAAUGUCACACACUUUAUUCCUGGAGUAUAAAAGGUGCCAAAAUCGUGUGUGUUAAAUAUCGUAUAUUUGCACAUUCCUUAUUUACAGUUUGACUGAUUCCUUGUUUGUCUUUAUUUAUUUGAUUAAUGAUCAUUUUGUGUUUAUUUUAUGUAUUUGUUUGAUUUUCCCUCUUACUUGUACGUCAGAAGAUCGUGUGUGCGUAACUUUGCGCUUCUGAAAUUAAAUGCACUGUUAAA